AUGCAUUUUGACUUGUCAGACACGGUCUCGGUCGGCAGUAUGGGCCAACAUCUUGGAAAGAGGGAGCCUUCAAUGGAAUCUAAGGCACCAGAAACUAAAGCAGCCAAACCCACAGAGCCAGGAGAGGCUGACGAAGUGUUUGGCCUGUGCGAGGCAGAUGCCAACCAGAACAAUGGCUGCAUCUCCAAGACGCCGGCGGUGACUGACUCCACGGGCACUGAGGGCCCCCAUCCGCCCGGGACCUCCCCCACUACAGCUGACCCUGACGAAGCCACGCCACGCCCCCACCUGGUCCGCCUCUUUUCCCGAGAUGCCCCGGGAAGGGAGGACAACACCUUCAAAGAGCGACCGUCUGAAUCGGACGAGCUGCAGACCAUCCAAGAGCAGAGCGGAGCUUCAGAGUGCGGGUCGGAGAACGAAAAACGAGCCACUUUCGACCAGUACAAGCGCCCCAUAGACUACUACUAUAGCGCCAUGGCUUCCGCAAGCAGCAAGAAAGCAGCCAGCCCCGGAGUCCUGGACCAGAUUGGAAAGAUUUUUGGAGGGGACAAAAAGAAGAAGAGCAAGGGUUCUUUCCGCGGGGCUCUUUCUCCCGCUCCACAGAAAGCCUCAGCUUCAGCCCAGAAGAAAAAAACUGCAGACAACGCUGUGGUCUCAUUCCUUCGCAGCAUCGGCGAUCAGAAGUCACAGCCAAAAGCCAAGAAGGCCGCUGCAGGGGACGGCAAAGGAUCCCUGACUAGGAUCUUCAAAAUGGGGAGCCGGAGCGCAUCUCCAUCCAAACGCUGA